UCAUUAUUUUGCGCGCCAGUCCAGGAUGUGCGUGAUUCUAGGGAGUUUUCAUGGCUGUCAAAUUGAAAGGAGAGACAAGUGAUUUUCAUUGCUGCAGACUUGAUUUCCUUUACCGACAGUAGUAAAGUCCAUUCUCGAACACGCCGAUAUAAUAAAGAUAAUCUAGAAUUGUCGAAAAUUGUUUACAGCUGUUCAAGUUAUACUUUUUUUGCGUUUAAAAAAUGCGAGGCACAUAAGAGACACGCGCGCGCGUGUGCGCGGAGAAGAAAAGAUGUUCAAUUGAGAAGAGCAAACAUCAGAUUCCCUUCCUUGUUGCCGCGCACGUGUCUCAAAAAUAUGGCUGCCGCCGUGUUGUUGUGACCGCGUGCGCGAAUGUUUGAAACGUCGUCCUCGCCGCAACGAUCCAAGCUUAUCCGCGACAUGACGACGUGCUACGCCGCCUGUUCGUGCAACCGCGUCCCGCACUGCGCCGACUGGGGCACCAACGGGCUGCUCUGCUACGGGACGCGAAAUGCGAUCGCUGUAUACGAGCCGCGCUCGCACAUCGGUCGCGUGACGCACACGUUGCACCGGCAUCGCGACCGUGUCAGCACGGUGCACUGGAUAAAGCCAAGGACUGCCGGCGCGCCGGAAUCGGAGUUGCUGUCCGGCUCCGUGGACGGUACUGUGAUCAUUUGGAGCGAGGACGACAUCGCGUUCCGAUGUACCUCGGUGUUGAGUGCAGAGAGCCCGGUCGCCUUCGCCGAUUCCCUGCAAUUGUCCGACGUCGAUGUACCCUCCACCACGCUGGCGAGGCUAUUGGUGUGCGCAGGUUCGAUCAACGGCGAUAUAAGACUAUGGCUGAGAGAAAACACGGAGGACGCCAAGCAGAUUCAGUCCUUGACUUUUGGAGGAAGAUUACCGAUGCACUGCCGCCUGACGUAUUUGCCAAGCGGCAAAUGUCCCCUCUUGGCUGUAGCACUGGAGGACGCUUCUGUCCUGCUGUACAUCGCAGAAUCCGAAUUGGAGCCAUCGUUCGUGAGAGUCCAGCGUUUGGUCGGGCACGAAGACUGGGUGUUGUGCAUGGAUUUCACUCGGGACGGCGACGGAAAUCUUUUCCUCGCAACCGGCUCGAAGGACAGCAUGAUACGACUGUGGAGAAUUAACGAAACUGUCGAAGAAUCGAGCGACGAACUUAAGCAGGAGAGCAAUACUUUUGCGGUGAACGACAAGCAGUAUGACAUUACUCUGGAAUCUGUGCUCUCCGGUCACGAAAGCUGGGUUUACGGUGUGCAUUGGCAGCCUGUAAAAACAGAUAACUGUCAAACGAUGAAAUUGCUGUCAUCCUCAAUGGACAAAACUAUGAUUAUAUGGGAGCCAGCUGAGAUCAUGAAUGGAAUGUGGACAGAGGCAGUGCGCGUCGGGGAAGUCGGUGGUAAUUCUCUGGGUUUUUACGGCUGUAAGUUUGGCCCGGAUGGACUACAUAUAUUGGCGCAUGGUUACCAAGGCUCUUUUCAUAUCUGGAAAUAUUCUCGGGAAAUGAACAAGUGGCUUCCACGUUCUACACCCGGUGGACACUUCUCUGAAGCAGUCGAUUUAUGUUGGGAACCGAAAGGAAGAUUUCUGAUCACAGCCAGUACCGACCAAACCACAAGAAUUCAUGCGCCGUGGAAAGAUGAUGAUCUUGGGGAACUGUGGCACGAGAUUGCACGUCCUCAGGUACAUGGAUACGACAUGGCCUGUUUAGCUAUGUUAGCGCCACACAUAUAUGUCUCCGGAGCGGACGAGAAAGUGGUGCGCAUUUUCACGGCCACGUCUACGUUCAAGAAUCACUUAAGAUCGCUGGCGAAUGUCGAGGACUUCAAAUCCAUGAAGGCCUACAGUGCUGCUGUACCCUCUCUCGGGUUAACGAAUAAAGCCACAUACUGUGGAGAAGACGACGGAGAAAAAAAUUCAACGACGGAAAACGUAUACGAACCACCCACAGAAGAGGAAUUGAUGCAAAACACACUUUGGCCUGAAACGAAUAAGCUUUACGGACAUGGCUACGAGAUAUUCUGUAUGGCAGCGAGACACGACGGGAAAUUGCUGGCUACAGCGUGCAAAUCGACUACUCAAGAACACGCGGCGAUUUUAUUAUGGGCCACCGACACAUGGCUACAAGUUCAAAAACUGAUCUAUCAUCAACUGACUGUGACGCAAAUGGAGUUUUCCCCAGACGACAAAUAUUUACUGUCUGUAUCCAGAGACAGAAGAUGGUCGUUAUUUAAAGCCACGGAUGGAGAUUACGAGUUAAUUGCCGCUAGUUCCAAAAAAGACAGUCCGCAUUCGCGAAUAAUUUGGUGCUGCGCUUGGACGCAAGAUUCGAAUUAUUUCGCGACGGGAUCCAGAGACGGAAAAAUCGCCAUAUGGUCCACGAGCACGGUACAAGAGAAUAUUAUACCGAGGAUGAUUCUGGACAUGCAAAACCAAUCGGUUACGGCGUUAUGCUUCGCGCCAAGUAUUUGUAUCGCACAAGGAUCUCAUCUUCUGGCAGUCGGAUACGAGAAAGGACGCAUAGAAAUUCAAAAAGUCAAUACAGAAUUAGACAAUACAUGGUCAAAACUAUUCGAGUAUGAUACUUCCCAGGCUCAUCAUUUAACUGUGAAAAGACUCAUGUUUCGACCUGUCAAUCACUCGUAUAACGACUUGCAAUUAGCAAGCUGUAGUUCUGACUAUUCUGUUAAAAUACACAAUAUAGAACUGCCGUUAUUGGAGUCAUAAUUUUUAUGAUUAUAGAUUUCUACCUCAAUAUUGUAUUAUUUUUGUAAAAUUGUACGAAAAUAAUCUCACAUAUAAAAUAUUUGUGUAAAAUAUAAAUUCUUAAUAAUCUUAAAGAAAAGAUCUGUAUAUCGUUUAACUUAUAUAU